UUCGUGUUAAUUCCAGCAAAAAUAGGCAGUAUGGAGGAUAACCGCGAUAGUAUCCGUUGUCGCAAAUCAUCCAACCCGUACACCAGGCAAGACUUGAAGAAUGCGAUUAAUCUAAUCGUUGAUCGCGGCACCUCUAUUCGCCAGGCGGCUUUCGUUUGCAAUGUUCCGCGCACCACUCUGUCUACGUAUUUGAAGUCGCUAAAGCACGGCAGAAUCAGCAAACUGUUGCCACAGGAAGAGCAAGCCCUGUACCAGUGGAUGACAGACUGCUGCAAAAGGGGCUUUUCGAUCAAGAAACGUAACGUGGAAACGGCUGCGGAAGCACUUGUCCAGAAGAAUGUACCUGCCCGCUCGCAUCCUUUCCAGGAUACAGAGUUUGGACGGCGAUGCUAUCAGAAAUUCGUGAAAAGAUGGCUUUCGAUUGAUCGUGUCAAAGAUCGCAAACAUCUCGGUGCCAUAAUGGAUUGGUAUCUGCACAUCGAAAGCUACCUGAACGAAUCGAAUUUGUUCGACAUUUUAAACCAUCCGGCGCGCGUGUUUCUGUGCGAUGAAUUGCGCUUCCGCGAGCGGGUUGAAAUGAAUGAGAGCGUGCGGACGUUGCUGAAAAAGAUGACCAUGCUUUACACCUUCUCGGCGGCCGGUCAACAUCUGUCCCCGCUGCUCGUAUACCCGUACCGACGCGACGUUCCGCCGCACAUAGUGCAGGCGGCUCCGAAAAACUGUGCCAUAGUAGCCCACGAGUAUGGGCAAGUGACGCCAAAGACGUUCGCCGCCUACCUGGACAAGGUGGUGGAUAAGUUCGUGACGACACAUAACAUUCCCAAACCGGUCCUCAUGUUUGCGGAUGAGUCGCAGGUAGAUAUGACACUACACCUGCACAACACCUGCAAGCGGUUGGGCAUCAUACUGAUCGGAUUAUCGGCUGCCCAAGUGGUGAAGCCUACUGCGAAUGCAUUUAACGAUAUCUGCAGCGGAUGGGAGCAGGAGCUUCCCAAGUGGGAAACGGACAAUGGGCGCGAGUUUACACUGGCCGAAUGUGCUGGACUCAUGCAGCAAAUCAACCAAAGGUACAUCAAAAGCACGGUGCUGGUGAAAGAUUUUGCCGACAGUAACUUGUGUCCCUGGAAUCGGCCCAUCCGUGAGCCGAUCGACGAUGUUGCGGUCGUAACAAAUAUGGAGCUCGAAGAGGAGGACGACGACGAUAUUGAAAUUGAGCAUUUCCUAGAGAAUGUAGACGGCUGGUCAGAUGGGGAUGAUGAUGAUGACGAAGAUUUGGAUUUGGAUGACGACGAGCACAUGGAUGAAUUUAACGACAUGGAUGGCGAGGAAAACGAGGAAAAGGACGCAAUGAAGGGCAAAGCUGACGAAGGUACGGACGGGAGCGUUAAUAAGACCGCACCGAAACCUAGCACAGUUGAUUCUGCUUCAACAGAGCUUGUUAAGCCGGCUCCGGCUGCCGAAGACAAACCCGACCUUACCGAUGCUAGCUGUUCGAAGCCAGUUGAGAAGCCUAAUGGGAAUGCUACCGCCGAUGUGAAAGCAUCGCAGAACGCCUCCAAUUCCGAGACGGAUGAUAACGAGGAUGGACCACCGGACGAUAUCGAUAUUAGUAUUAAUUUCAUCGAUUUCAAACGUGCCAUUGGUAGUGAGCUUACGGAAAAGUUUGAACGAAAACUUGAGAUUGAAAACCGUCUAACGCUGGCCAACCAUGCCGAGAAUGUACUGUUCGACAUUUAUCGCCAAUUUCGAUGCGACAUCGUCACCGAUAGUGAUGAUGAUUACGAUAUUGUAGAAGUAGGCGAUGAUUGAGCACGAUUUGAACACCAUCGAGGAGGCUUUUGAAGAUGGUCGAACUUCAAUUCAAUUUAUCCUGAUAGACAUCAUGAGGCUUGUGUGUCACUCCACAGCUGCUGGAUCUUACACCAUAGGCUUUGAAACCAGUGACUGAGUAAUCGUAUUUUUGCGUGUGCUAUAUUUUUCGGUUUCAUAUUUAUAACAGCAAAUUAUCCAACUAUGUCCCCCUGAAUAAUUUCAACGUCCUUGUAACACCGUUCAACUGCUUGAAGAUGCUUUCAAAAAUGUCAAGUUUUGAAAGAGAAGUAGCGUUACAGGUACGGUAAAUACGGUAGCUUUUGCGUAGGUCCUUUUAUCACUGAGCAUGUAUUAAAAAGCUAGUCAGGUAAUAUAGUUGUAACCAUUCCUUAAUUAAACACCAAAGACCAGAUACGCAUGGAAAGCACAAAAUAUUCGUUAA